AACUAAAAGUGAUGAAAUGAAUUUAUCGUUUAUUGAAGAAAGUUUUUAUUUUACUAAAAUUUCGUACGAUUUUCUUAAAGGCGUAGCAGUAAAUUCAUCUAUUCUACUUAAGACCGAAAUAUACAAUUUUAGCAGCGGCUGGAAAAGCCCUAUUGAAUUUACCCCUCUUCAGUUCAUCCUACUGAAAUUGGUACUAUUACUCAUUUUCAGCACAGCUCUUUUAAUAGCUUAUUCCUGGCACAUAUACGGUAGAGUGAUCACAGAAAAGUUUGUACGACCAAGUACGUUGAAAGAGAUCGAAGAACUUAAACGGUCCGUCGCCAAUCUAAAACUUCCUAAAGAGCAUUCCCCAAGAAUAUAAAAACUUAAAAUG